AUGUCUUUCUUUGGAUUCGACACCUCCCUCCCCAGGGACAAGCCUGAGGGCGCAGGCAAGGGUAUUUUUGAACACACAAACCCCUUCACCGAAGUCGCAAAAGCUAGGAAAUUGCAGGCCUUUCAAGACAACCAGGACGACAUUCUCGACUUUGAAGAUACCUACGAUGGGCUAGGCGAUCAACUCGAGGAGGCCGGCGAUGAUUUCAACGAUGAUACCUUUGGUGGCGGCGCCGAAGGCGCAACCGGUCAGGGCUCAGUGGGAAAAGAUUAUGACUUUUUUGGAAAAACGGCACAAGUUUCAAAUGUCAUCAAUGAAGAGAAUAUGCGCUACACCUUGCAACACCCUCACCAACCAGCAGCGCCCGCGCAGCCCGCAAAGGUCAGAAGGACCGGUUAUGAGAAAUAUCAAGAUCCGGGUUACAUUCCAGAUAUUCAGGCAAAAUCUGGGGCUUGGGGCACAAAGUCAAGCACAGCCGCUCCUCCAACUGGCGAGAACCGCAUCAGUACAGCUCGCAGCCCUGCUCCAGCCUUGCCUUCUGCUCGUGCGCCCUCACCUCCACCGGCACCCAUGUCGCAACCUCCAAUGAUGACCCUUGAACAGGUUGAGGCGGCCAUUCUUGCCCAAUCUCAAGCGAGGCAGUCACAGCUUCCAUUCCCUCAACCUCUGCCAUAUCCAUUCCCAACUCAGCCAAUGCAUUCACAAUCUCCUCAGCACUAUCCGGCCAUGGGACCUCCUCCCGGCAUGCCAACUCAGCCUCAACCACAACCUCCUCUCGAUGGUCCUAGGAGCCACAAUCGCAUGCCCUCACAGCCACGUGCUCCUCAGCAACCUCAGCAGCCUCUCCAGAUUCUGCAGAAUCCAAAUAGGGCCCGUCAUUCACCCCAGCCAAGCCUUGACAGGUCUCAACACAUCCCAGCACUCGGACCCCAAGGACCCGGUGCCAUGCCGAUCAUAACUCAUCCUCAACAGCUAAUGGAACUGUCUGAAGAACAGCGACGAGCGUAUCUGGAAGAAGACGCCAAAAGAGCAAAGAGAAAUCACAAGAUCUUCCUACUUUCCAAGGGAAAUGGCUUAAUGACGCCCCAGGACAAGAAUUUCAUCACUCGAAUCCAGCUUCAGCAAUUGGUAGCGGCCACGGGUAGUUCGGUGGACUCAAAUCCUGAAGCUGCUCUCAAUGAAGAUUUCUACUACCAGGUCUAUAGCCAAAUCCGCGGCGCUCCAAGACAACAUCCUACUCAGCCAUUGGGCCACUUUGCGCAGACCUAUCUGUUCCAGACGGGUACUCGUGUGGGUGGCAGACGCCAACAGAUCAACGGAGACAACCACAUGCAGAGAAUGCAGCAACAAGUUCAGCGUGCCGUUGAGGCUGCCAAGCUUAAACCCAAGAAUAAGCAGCUGAUCAUUGAAGGUAGCUUGGGUAAAAUAUCAUUCAGCAAUGCAAAGACGCCGAAACCUUUGCUCAACAUCAAGAGGCAGGAGGGCACUGACUCCCGGCCAACAAGUGCCAGAAAGGGAGACGGCGUAACUGCAAGUGACCGCAAAACGAUUCUGAAGAACAUCGAAGCGGUGUAUGCGACCUUGAUGCGCAUGGAGGAUCAUGAACGACAAAUGCCACCCCCGCCCACUGAGGGCGAUGCAGAUUCCAUUCAGGCCCAUCUGGAAUGGCGACACAAGCAGCAGGAGCUCGGCAACACUCUAUGGCAAGAUCUCAAGGUUCUGGAUCCUAUAGUUCCGGGAUCAACCAUUCCUCACCCUUUCAUUGCUUUUCUGUCAUUUGCCAAAGGCAAGAAGGCUAUUCCGCGUGUCUUCCAUCAGAUUGAUCAGGACAAAAGACUGACCAUCUUGACGAUGGUUGUGGUCCACCUCGAUCAGCUUGAUGUGGUCAAGGACGCCCGCCCUGCACCUGGUGAAUCACAGCCUCCGCCACUCGUGCGGGAAGAAAUCGAGCUAUUCUCACAAGCCGUGAUGCCGUGCUUGUUAUCUCAUGUUAGCGAAGCACCCGUCAAUAUUAUCACCGGAUUGCUAGGACUUCUCAUCGAUCACACGAGCAUCUCGGUUGUUGCACAAACCAAGAUUGGGCUUGGUAUGCUGACGAUGCUGUUGACGCGCGCCGAGUUGGUGAAGGAGGCUGGGUCGGUCAGUGACCAGGAUUGGCAACAAUGGACCAUGUUAUACAGUCGCCUUUUUGAUAUGUUGGAGCCUCUUCUUGGUUCACUAUUCCCUGGUCCGGUCAACUCUGGUGACGAUAUGUACGUUUGGCAAUUUUUGGCUGCGAUCGGCAUAUGCGCCAGCCCCGACCAACAACAGAGGCUGGUCAUCGGUGUUAAAGACAGAGUCAUGGAGACAGUUCUCCAAAGCAAGACAUUACCAGCCGAAAUGUCAAGCGUUCGACUCGGGAACGUCAACCUGUUCAUGAGAGCCAUCGGCCUUGAUGUUGAGAUGCUGGGUUGA